AUGAAGCAGCAGAGGCUUCGAGCCGUGGAGGAUGUCCUGCGAACGCAGCUUUCGGGGGAACAUCGCUACACCCAAAGCUUCUGGGAGGACGUGCAGGCCUUCGCCCAUGCCAUCGACUGGCGGAAAGACACCUGGAUUUGGAUGCUGUUCAUGGUGGAGCUGAUCGACCUGAUCUGCAUCUUCCUUAGCCGGAGGUCCUGGGAGCGUCUCUCCGUGAUCUUCAUGGCCAAUACAUGCUGCUUGGCUGCCGCGGAGACUCUGAACAGACUCGCCGGCCAACACUGGAUGGCCUUCUCCAGCCAGGACUACUUCGACUCUUCCGGAGUUUUCGCGUCCAUCAUGCUGGGCCUGCCGCUCUUGCUUUGCCAGUUCGUCAUCGUCGGCUUUCUUCUCAGAGAGGCAGUUUGCUUUCACAUCUGCAGAAUCUACAGCCUCGCUCAGGGAUCAUGUUCCUAA